GUUAUGAUUCCAAUUUCUUUGUAUGUAUCCAUUGAAAUAGUUAAAAUCUGCCAAGUAUACUUUAUUCAUCAAGAUAAAGAUUUAUAUGAUGAAGAAACAGACUCUCAGCUGCAGUGCCGAGCUUUAAAUAUCACAGAAGACUUAGGUCAGGUGCAGUUUAUCUUUUCAGACAAGACUGGGACACUUACUGAAAACAAGAUGGUUUUCCGAAGGUGCACUGUUUCUGGAAUAGAGUAUUCCCAUGAUGAUAACGCCAAACGCUUAGCGAUGUACCAAGAACUUGAUUCUGAGGAAGACGAGGCAGCCCCAAAAGGAGGAACUCUAUCCCAGCGUGAUAGUAUCUGCAGCCAUCAGAGCAUCAAAGUAGUCCACAGAAGCCAGAGCACCAAAACCCACCGGCGCACAGGUAGCAGAGCUGAAGCAAAAAGAGCAAGCAUACUCUCGAAGCACACUGCAUUCAGUAGCCCAAUGGAGAAGGACAUCACACCUGACCCAAGCUUGUUAGAAAAGGUGAAUGAAUGUGCAAAGCAUCUGGAGGUCAUGAGGAGCCACGAACAGCCAUUAUCCCAUCUGAGUCCAGAACUAUGUGACAUUUUUGACUUCUUCAUCGCUUUGACUAUAUGUAAUACAGUCGUGGUUACUGCACCUAAUCAGCCCCGACAGAAGGUUAGAGAUCGAUUUGAACUAAAAUCUCCAGUAAAAACCAUAGAAGACUUCAUACGAAGAUUCACUCCAAGUCGCUUGACCUCUGGAUCUAACAGCAGCAGUUCAUCUAGUCUAGCUACAAGCAAAUCAAUGCACAGAUUUGGCUUAAGUGUGCUUUCAUCUACAUCUACGGAUAGCACUUUAUUAAAACUGGAAGAGAAGCUGGCAUACUCUGCGCAGAUGAAUAACAACGGCUACAGCUCCCAGCAAGGCCGGACAGCCGUGGGGAGUGGACCUGAGGAAGGAGAACUCCGUUAUGAAGCAGAGAGUCCAGAUGAAGCUGCUCUCGUCUAUGCAGCAAGGGCAUAUAACUGUUCUCUGGUUGGAAGGCUGUCUGACCAGGUAUCAGUGGAGCUACCUCACCUGGGAACAUUAAGCUUUGAAGUAUUACAUACAUUGGGCUUUGAUUCCGUCAGGAAGAGGAUGUCAGUAGUAGUCAGACAUCCUCUCACAGAUGAAAUAAAUGUUUACACUAAAGGAGCAGAUUCAGUUAUUAUGGAUCUUCUUCUACCCUGCUCUUCAGAUGACCCUCGGGGCAAACAUCAAAAAAAAAUCCAAAGCAAAACCCAGAAUUACCUUAAUCUGUAUGCUGUAGAUGGGCUGCGGACCCUCUGUAUUGCAAAAAGAGUUCUCAGCAAGGAAGAGUAUGCCUGUUGGUUAAAAAGUCAUUUAGAAGCAGAAUCCUCUAUUGAAAAUCGUGAAGAACUUCUGUUUCAGUCAGCACUGCGGAUAGAGAAGAAUCUGCAUCUGCUAGGUGCAACUGGCAUUGAAGACCGUUUACAGGAUGGUGUUCCAGAAACCAUUGCAAACUUGCGCAAAGCUGGGUUGCAGAUUUGGGUUCUUACUGGAGACAAGCAAGAAACAGCUGUUAAUAUUGCAUAUGCCUGCAAGCUACUAGAUCACGAUGAAGAAAUCAUCACUUUGAAUGCUGAAUCACCAGAGACAUGUGCUAUCUUGCUGGAACAGUGUCUGCAAUGCGUAGAGUCUAAAUUUUCAAACAACACAAUAGACGAAGCUACUGGAAACAUGACUGUUGGGUUCACCCCUCUCUAUCCACCCUCUUCCCCUGUGCUUUCCAGCUUGGGCCUAGUGAUUGAUGGAAGGACUCUAGCUUAUGCCCUGGAACCUACACUAGAAGAUAAAUUUCUUGCACUAGCCAAGCGAUGCCGUUCAGUACUGUGUUGUCGCUCUACUCCACUCCAAAAGAGCAUGGUAGUGAAACUAGUCAGAGACAAACUCAAAGCAAUGACCUUGGCAAUAGGUGAUGGUGCUAAUGAUGUCAGCAUGAUCCAAGUGGCAGAUGUUGGCGUGGGGAUCUCUGGUCAAGAAGGCAUGCAGGCGGUGAUGGCAAGUGACUUUGCAAUCCCAAGGUUCCGGCAUUUGGAAAAGCUCUUGCUUGUUCAUGGCCACUGGUGUUAUUCCCGACUUGCCAACAUGGUGCUGUAUUUCUUCUACAAAAAUGCAAUGUUUGUGGCCCUUCUCUUCUGGUACCAGUUCUACUGCGGGUUCUCUGGCUCGUCAAUGGUUGAUCAGUGGUAUCUCAUCUUCUUUAAUUUACUCUUCUCUUCUCUUCCACAACUGAUUACUGGCGUGCUGGAUAAGGAUGUGCCAGCUGAAGUGUUAAUUGCUGUACCUCAGCUUUAUAAAAGCGGCCAGAAUAUGGAGGAGUACCAACCACAUAUGUUUUGGAUGAACAUGAUUGAUGCUAUGUAUCAAAGCCUGGUUUGCUUCUUCAUCCCCUAUUUCACUUACUAUGAUUCGGAGGUGGAUAUCUUCUCCUGGGGAACUCCCAUCACCACAAUAGCUCUUUUCACCAUCAUACUACAUUUGGCUAUAGAAACCAAAACUUGGACUUUUCUCCACUGGUCAUCUUGCAUCUUCAGUAUCCUUUUAUUUUUCUUUGUGGCUCUGGUUUACAAUGCUUCCUGCCCAGUAUGCCAUCCUCCAUCCAAUCCCUACUGGACUAUGGAAAGGCUGAUGGGAGACCCUAUGUUCUAUUUCACUUGCAUUAUCUCACCAGUCGUUGCAUUGCUGCCCAGAUUUCUGUACAGAACCCUUCAGGGAACACUAUUCCCAACCCAGCUUCAGCUUGGACGCCAGUUGAGUAAACUAUCCCCAGAGAUUCGCACCCAGCUUCUGACCAAGUUGAAUGUAAAGGAAACAGCAAAUGCUCCAAAACUUGGGAUCGAGAAGGGGGAUAUUGAGCUUUUCACCGUAAAAACCUGA